AUGGACGAAAUCAAAGAGUCGCGCCGUUUAAUUCAGGAGGAACAACGUUUACAUCAGGAGGAACAACUUUUACGUCGGGAGGAACAACUUUUACGUCGGGAGGAACAACGUUUACUUCGGGAAGAACAACGUUUACUUCGGGAAGAACAACGUUUACUUCGGGAUGAACAACAUUUACUUCGGGAGGAACAACGUUUACGUCGGGAGGAACAACGUCGACGCGAAGAAGCUGAAGAAUUGGCAAAAGCCUCGUUGCCACUGGACCUUCAGCGGUAUCUUGAGGCUUGCCAUUCGCUUGAUCUCUCUAUUGACGUCGUAACAGACCUAUCUUUGACUACGCAAGGAGAAACCACAAAUCCGACCGGUCGCAUCUUUCCUAGACGAAUCAUCCCUUGGGACAGCUUUGCAAUGAGACAAGAAGAAAUCUGGAACGAUCUCUCUAUCAGCGACUUACUCCCUAAACCCCCAUUUCCAUCUUACCAUCAGAUGGAAUAUGUCAAGUCAUCCCUUCAGCCUAUUAGCACUGAUUUUGGGCUCCGGUGCUUCGAGCGUGAUGUAGUAGAAAACGCGGUUCAGAAGUUGGUCGACCGAGCACACACAGAUCCAUUGCUACGAAACAGUCUUGGUCUCCAGGGGACAGUGACGUUCAAGAUUCAAACGAAUCUAGGCACGACUGACGACGCCAUAUCUGCGCCCAUGGAACACAUGUCGCUGGGCAGAGAUGGCGUCGAUGCUGCAGUGCAGGUGACUGCCCCGAAACCGCCGCCGGCUCCCAGGGCUCGUCGCAAAGCGAGAGGCAGGGGAAAUCGGGCAGAGCAGUUCUGUAUAUACAGAACUUCAGACGGCCAAGAUGUCCCAACUGUCGCUAUCGAGUACAAAGCACCGCACAAGCUAAGUCUUGAUGAGAUUACCACCGGGCUUGAGGCGGAAAUUCAGCCAGAACGUGAUGUGAUUAACAAGACUGGCCACGGCUUUGCUUUCACGGCCAGACGCCUCGCCGCCGCCGUCAUUACGCAGCUCUUCUCUUACAUGAUCGGCAAAGGCAUUCAGUACGGCUAUGUAUGCACUGGACAGGCAUUUAUCUUCCUUCACAUUCCAGACGAUCCUACCAAAGUCUACUUCUCGGUAUGUGUGCCAAAUUUAGACGUAAUGGACGAUGAUGAGACUAGGCUCCAUCGCACGGCUGUCGCGCAGGUUUUUGCCUUCAUUCUCCAGUCUCUCCGCGCCAGACCACCGCCUGAGACGUGGCAUGAUGAGGCUGAGACGCUUGGUAUCUGGGCUGUUGAGUACGACGAUAUUCUAAGGGAUAUUCCGCCGUCUGAGCGCAAACGCAAGGAACCACGUGCCUCCCCUUAUAAGCCACAGCGUUGGAAGGGAUUUUGGCGAUCACCAAUUCGUACUCGAUCCAGCUGCCAGCAACUGAACACAAGGCUAGACGACUAG